UUCCCCCCUCCUCGGCCGUCGUCAAUAUUCGGACGGUUCACCGGGGCCCCGCCUCGGCCUCUCCCCCUUUCCCAGGGCCGCCGCGUCCGCUCCGUCCCCCACCUCGCAGUGCCUCCCCACCGCCCCUCGGCGCCGGCCGGCCACGCCCCGAUCCAGAUCCAGGAUUCAAACAAACCAGUACAUUACCACCAUGGUUCUUGAUUCAUUAUCAUCUCCUCACAGGAGGUCCCAAAACACAUUCUUCGUAUCAUCUGCAAAAAAGCCUCAGUCAUCUCGUGAUGACAGUUGGUCUGCACUGGUUGAGCGGCACCGGUUCCUCCUGACAACACUUCUUGUGCUUGCCUUCCUGUGCACUAUCUAUCUGUACUUUGCAGUAACCUUGGGGGCAUCAGAUGCUUGCAUUGGAUUGGCAGGGGCAGAGAGGAUUGAGUGCCAGGCAAGAUCAGUGCUGCAACAUGGAAAGUUGAAAUUCCGCUGACUUUGGAGACUCGUUGAUGGAAGACCAAAUUAUUGAGUUUUAUAUGCACUCUGGUCACAGGUCUUAUUCUUCAUACCAUGAAUCUGUAUAUUUUUGGUGGUGGGUGGUUUGUAUUCACGCUGAUGUUAUUGGACCACAAAUUUACUGUACUGGUAGAGGCAAAUCUAAUAGUGACAGUGUUGAGUUUGUGGAAACUGGUAUACUGGGGUAGGCCUAUAUCGUUCUUUUAUUACCAUGGUGUGCUAAAAACAUCAUGGCGCCUGUAAUUCGUCCAGGAGAUCUUGGUAUUGUCUCCCGUGUGACAUGUGACUCACAGUUAAUUUGAUACUGUGCUACCUGAGUACGCUUUGAUCCCUU